AACUUCUACUUGGGGAUGAUAGCUCUAAGAGGUGUUAGGGGAUUAGGCUGAAAAUGUAGGUCACCCCUCAGCCAUCUGGGAAUCAAAAGAGUGAGAGAGGAAGAGAGAGGGAGAGAGACACACAUAGGGAAAAGAUGAGAGAAAGCAGAGGGCACAUGAGGGCAGUUUCAAAAGUCUCUGAUGGAUUGAUGGUGAUUAGAUUUCAGUGUCCCAUGGUGUCCUGGAAGGAAGAAGCAGAAUUUCUCAUUUUCCCUUCUCUAGCUCCUCCUAAGCUGGGCUGUCUGCCCUUGGGGAGGGUGGCUUCUCUCUGAUGUGAUAGCUAUGAGGGUCAUGAGGCUAGAUAUAGGGGGAGUGAGACAGGGGCAGACAUGUGAGGAUUCCUGAAAAUAGGAGACACUCAACAAGUGAGAGUGAGUUUGGGAGAGCUUGUACUUCCCCAAAAGACAGAAUUGCAGGGCCUUAGAGGGUGAGGGUGCUGGGAGUUUGUUUGGCUCUCUUUUCCAGUCCCAUACUUUCAGUCACCGAGGGCUGAGUGUUGUGUUCACACAAGGGUGGUGGUCUGUACUGGGGAGCUGAGCACGUGAGUCAGACCAUCGGUGAGGAGCUUUGUUAGGGAAAAUGCCCCUUUUCCUUCUUUGAAAACAGGCAUAGGUGUCCUUACCUCUUGUUUACCCCAACCCCCAAGCCAAUGAGAUAGGCAAAUGAUCCCCUUACCUCAUUGGUUGGAGGCCUAAGGACCACAGAUGACCUCAGAGAGCUAGCCCUUUAAGAGUGCCCUGUGGGCUCUGUGUCUAUAGCACGGGGGCACCAAGCCCUGUUCAAUGGGGCUUCCAGUCUCUGGGGAAGCCGUACCUGCCUGGCUCUGACACUGACACUGACAACAACAUCUCUGCCAAGCCUUAAAGAUCUCAACGGCACCAGUGGGGCCAGAGGCUGUGCUAGCCUCUUCCUCCAUUAGGCCUUUAAGCUGCUUGCCCCUGCUCAGGAGCCCCCACCACCUGAAAAGUUGGCCCCUAUCCCAGAGGUGUGCCCCUCUCAAUCCAGCCCCAGAAUGGCGCUGCCUCCUAGCCCCCUGGCCAUGGACUAUGUCAAUGACUUUGACUUGAUGAAGUUUGAGGUAAAGCGAGAACCUUCUGAGGGGCGAUCUGGCCCCUCCACAGCCUCACUGGGCUCCACACCCUACAGCUCAGUGCCUCCUUCACCCACUUUCAGUGAGCCAGGCAUGGUGGGGGCCACUGAGGGGCCCCGCCCAGGCCUGGAAGACCUGUAUUGGCUGGCUACCCUGCAGCAGCAGCUGGGAGCUGGGGAGACGCUGGGGCUGAGUCCCGAGGAGGCCGUGGAGCUGCUACAGGGUCAGGGCCCAGUCUCUGUUGAGGGGCCCCAUAGCUACUAUCCAGGGAACCCAGAGGACACAGGAACCCAGCAUGCCCAGCUAGCCGAGCGGUUUUCUGACGCGGCGCUGGUGUCGAUGUCUGUGCGGGAGCUAAACCGACAGCUGCGGGGCUGCGGGCGCGACGAGGCACUGCGGCUGAAGCAGAGGCGCCGCACGCUGAAGAACCGCGGGUACGCGCAGGCCUGUCGCUCCAAGCGGCUGCAGCAACGGCGUGGGCUGGAGGCCGAACGCGCCCGCCUGGCAGCCCAGCUGGACGCGCUGCGGGCGGAGGUGACCCGCCUGGCCAGGGAGCGCGACCUCUACAAGGCUCGCUGUGACCGGCUGGCCUCCAGCGGCCCCGAGUCCGGGGACCACGCCCACUUCUUCCUCUGACCUGCUGGGGGCCGCGGAGUGGUGGACUAAGUGGGUGGGGGGCACCACCCAGGAAGCGGCUGUACCAUUCACUAGAUGUUUACUGAGCGCCUUCUGGUGCCAGACACUCCGUUGUACGAUCACACCAAUAUUCGCAAACUUCCUGGACCCUUAAGGCAUGCUCUGAGGUUAAAUGCUGGUCAUUUUCUGAGAGAGGGGUCCUCCUCCCCUCAUGCAGGCCGUGCUCAGGAACCCCCCACUUUCUGCCCCACCCCACAUGACCAGGAAACUGAGAUCUACAGGAGCCAGUGUCAGGCAGUGUGUGUGUGUGUGUGUGUGUGUGUGUGUGUGUGUGUGUGUGUGUCGGAGGUGGGGUCGGGGCGUGGAUAAUGGCUGUCCAUGACACAGUAAAUGGGAGGUGUGGGAGUGACGCAGCUCCCCUUCAGUUUAGAUUUUAAUUUAAGGUUUUCAACCUGUAGUGCAUUGGGCGGUAAUUAGCGAUCAUUGCUGUAUUUUUGUUUUGCAGCUGGUAACAUCCCCAUUCAGGACCACUGCGUUUUCAAUUUUUCGAUUUCCAGUAGCAAGACAGACUAGGAACUCUAUCCAAUAGGCUUUCUUCCUACCUAACCCAGUGGCCUCCAGGGCCCAGAGAAGCCAAGGCAGGAGGAGCUCUGGGGUGGUUGGUGUGAGAGACUCCCGGACAGGAGUCUGGAGACCUGGGUGCUAGUCCCAGCUCUGCCACAGGAUACCUCUGCACCUUGAACAAAUCACUUGCUCCCUGGAUCUCAGUUACCUCAUCUAAUCUUCAUUUGGAUUGGAUGACUUCUGACACCUUUCCAGUUAUGGCAUUUCCUUAAUGUGGUAGUCCAGUGAUCUCCCCAAGACAAUCUCACCAAAGGGACUUUCUGUCCUGCUCCACAUUCCUGGCUACAGCCUACGCGGUGGAUGAGCCCAUGCACUGGUCAUCUGCUGCUCCCUCCAGGCUGCCUUGACCUACAGACCUGCAUAAGGUGCCCCUGCUACCUCCUGCCUCUCUGAGGGCUGAAGUGAGACUUUCCCCAGCAUGUAAAAUAGCUGACAGAAUGCAGCUUUUCUGAAUUAAACUUGAAGUCCAGGCAAAACUUCAUGCUAUUGGCUAAAUGCUCUUGCAAUUUAAGAAGUGUUCAUUCUUUAUCCUU